GACAUCCGCUCUGUAAGCUCAAGUUGGGCGAGUAGGGCGCCCGUCACCGGCGAAGGAGACUUAUUGGCGCGGAUUGCGGGUACCAAUACCCUUAUUGAAGUGGAUGGGGAUCGAACUGCACUCAAAUGCAACACUUUCCACUCAGACAAAAAAAACAACCAUAUGGAGUUUGUAACUGGCAGAGCAAAAGCUGCUACGUUGGGCUGCGUUAUUUCCCAGAAUACCGAACCUAACCGCCAAAGAGUAAUUUUACCCUUACUAGCGGAGGAAACAAGCGUUGUCCAUUUGUUCAAACGCAAACGUGUAAAGCGCACCUCAGAUUCGCGCCCGGAGCUGGUGUAUACUUUCAUAGAGCAGGCUGUACAACCAGGAGCACAGGUAUCAUUGAAAUGUUCGGCAGUUGGAGAACCGCCCCCUCGAUUUAGAUGGACACUGGACGGACAGAGCAUUGCUUCUCACCAUGAGGCCAUGAUAACGGAAGGCCGAGAAAGUAGUCCCACAGGUAUGGGAACAAGCAAUAAUUAUAUAUUAUCGACUCUAUCUCUCAACGGUGCAAGAGUCGAACAUGGAGGCCGUUAUGAGUGCCGAGCUACGAAUGCACACGGCUCCGUCGCCCAUGCUGCGAGACUCAAUAUCUAUGGUCCUCCAUACAUCAGAUCUAUAAAUCCAGUGAAGGCCGUCGCAGGUUCUGAAGUAACUAUCUGGUGUCCGUACUAUGGAUUCCCUAUAGAAUCUGUAAAAUGGGAAGGUGGUGCCGGCGCAGAUCCUCGUUAUCACCAGUCAGAUGGCCAACUGACCAUCACCAAUGUCGAUAAGAACAGGGACAAAGGUGUUUGGACAUGUUCUGUUCUAACACCUGGAGGAGAACUGGCAAGAAGAGAGGUUCAAGUGUCAGUAGUGUCACCACCAGUCUUAUCUCCCAUAGUCUUCCCACCAGGAUUGAGAUCUGGGGACCGCGCUCAAAUAACAUGCACUGUUACUUCUGGUGACAUGCCAGUAUAUUUCUCAUGGCUUAAGGAUCAGAUGCCUAUUUCAAGUGCUCUUCAGGUGGAUGAACGAACAGCUGAAUUUUACAGUAUGCUGCUCUUUAAGAGUUUAACUGCAGGUCAUAGUGGGAUCUACACUUGUGUAGUGUCAAACACUGCUGGCAAAGCCAACACGUCUGCUGAAUUAGCCAUUAAAGUUCCUCCUUUUUGGCAAGUAGAGCCAACGGAUACUGCUGUGUUACUAAAUGGAUCUCUUACUGUAACCUGUGCAGCUCGUGGACAUCCUCCUCCUACAAUCUAUUGGACCAAAUAUUCAGGUUCAACAGAAACAACAUUAGGAAGUAUGUCCGAUCCAGUGGUGCUAAAUAAUGGAUCUCUGAGAUUAGAAAGUGCCAGAACAGAACAUUCUGGAAAGUAUCGUUGUAGGGCUGAUAACGGCGUUGCACCCGCUUUAUCGAAGACUUUAACUAUCCAUGUGAAUGAACCUGCCAGAUUUGAAACACCGUCAACGAACAAGACUGCAAAAUUAGGGGAAACUAUAAAGCUCGUUUGCGUAGCAAGAGGUGAUACUCCGCUUUCUACGACUUGGAGUCAUCAGGGUAGAGUGUUACCAAAUUCUGAUUAUCGAAUGAGCAUAUCAGAGACAAGAAGUGCAGAAGGUUUGAGGAGCGAACUAGUUUUAGAAAGAGCAGAGAGAAGAGAUUCUGGAGUUUAUAAGUGCCAAGCAUCAAAUCCCUAUGGACGUUCUGAUCAUUUUGUUCAUUUGGGUGUACAAGAACCACCCGAGCCUCCAGCAAAUUUUCGAGUAUUAGAAACAACAUCUCGAUCAGUCCGCCUACAGUGGCGACGGCCAUAUGACGGUAACUCGCCAGUGCUGGGUUAUGUAGUGCAAUAUCGUCGACAUGACUCAAAUAAUCCAGAUUCUUGGCGUGACGCUGAGACUCAUAACGUAUCUGUGUCUGCACACCCAUUGGAUUCAUAUGAGACUGAAGGAGCAACGAUAUCGGGUCUAGAACCAGCAACGGCUUAUUUAGUGAGAGCGCGAACAAUUACAGCACAGUUUGCAUCGCCUCAUACUAGGGCUUUGUUGGCAUUGACUUUGCAUGAACCCCCAUCAAGGGCACCUUUAAGUCUUCGUGCAUCAGCACCGAGACCUUCUACUAUUGAAUUGGCAUGGCAGCCGCCUCCAGCAUCAACAUGGAAUGGUGAACUGUUAGGUUAUACUGUGUGGUGGUGGCCUUCUGCGGAGGGAUCUUUGGCAGGAGGAGCAAAUGUUGGUAUGGAGUUUGCUACCGUUCGCGGUCAAAUCAAUAAAUAUACUAUUGAAGAGUUAGAACACUAUACCAGGUAUUCAGUGAGUGUAAGAGCAUUCAAUAGUGCUGGCGCUGGACCUGCAUCGGCCCCGAUCAACACAUUGACUCAGGAAAGUGUGCCGUCUGAAGGCCCAAGAGGAGUUCGUUGCAGAGCAGUAUCUCCUCAAAGUCUAAAAGUUGAAUGGUCGCCGCCUCCAGCUCAUGCCCAUCAUGGUGCUCUUCUAGGCUAUAAACUUUUGUAUCGUCCGGAACAUACGGCAGAUUGGCUGGAAUGGGAGGUGCGGGGUGGUGGGGGGACCAAUGCAGGAGCGGGAGCUGAGGUCAAGCGGGUAGCUGGAGUAGAGACAUUGCUGCUGGCUCUUAAACCACAUACCAACUAUACUGUACAAGCUUUAGCUUAUACGGAUGCAGGGGACGGUGUGCCCGCGCAUCCUAUACAUUGCACUACGCUUCAGGAUGCACCCGGAGCACCGGCAGCGGUAAAAGUGGUUGCAACAUCAGUGACAUCUUUAGCUGUGAGUUGGCUACCACCAAGUCGACCCAACGGACCAAUUUUAUAUUACACCGUUUUCUACCGCGAACUUGGCAGAGAAAGGCCACCACAAACGACAACAGUACAAGCUGAGGAAAUUGACCCCUUAGUUGGCCUUGGAGGUUCAACAGAGCUAAGGUCUUUAGCUGAAGGAGCUACUUAUGAAGCGUGGGUAGCCGCUCACUCUGUUGCUGGAGAAGGUGAACCAUCGGCUCCAUUACCUGCUACUACUACUUCGAGGGCUGGAGCAAAACUUCUCUCAUUCGGAGUAUGGGCACGAGUACAAUGUGGACAUUCGCUUCGUUUGGCCUGUGCCUGGAGAGGUGAACCAGUACCAAGAGCAAGAUGGUUGAGAGAAGAUCGACCAGUCACGCACGACCCUCGUACACAUCUUACUACUUAUGGACAUUUAGCCAUACAUGAAGUGGAUGCAGCAACAAGUGGCAAUUACACGUGCUCUGCUCGCAAUGCAUUCGGCUCUGAAGAAGUUACGUAUCGUGUAGAAUGCGCAAGUCCACCAUCCGCUCCGACUUUAAAUUUAGACCAUGCGUCCCAUAAAGAAGCCCGUCUUGUUUGGCGAACGACGCAUCAUCCCGCCGCACCUCCACAUGGUUACACAAUCCGGUGGGUCCGCAUCCGCGACGAUACUGGUGAGGGGAUUGAACUUGGUCCUUCUCGAGUGGACGAAGAACGUAGAUUGGAAGCAGGUGGCGAAGCAGCAAGCGUGAUAUUAAGAGCUUUGUCAUGUGGAGCAACGUACUCUGUGAGAGCGGUAGCUCAUUCAAGAGCUGGACCAUCUCCGUCAUCUGUACCUUUGCUCAUUAGGACGAAACCACCAGUGCUAGUGUGGGAAGGUGGAGGGGAUUCAGAAGAAGGCCGCGAAGAAGGCGCUGAAGCGGCUGUGUGGAGUAACAGCAGUGCUCUAGCGGUAGAUGCUCGCCGAGCAGUUCGGUGCGGCGCUCGUCUUAUGAGAGUGCAAUGGCGUCGAGUUGAUACUGGAGGUGCUGCGUCGUGGAGAGACGCUGAUUUAACUUCUUUGCAUCAUCAACGUGAGGUGGUGAUCGGCGGUCUAACAGCUGGCGCGUGGUACGGUCUUCGACUAUGGACUGCUACUGACUCAUCGAGACAUCAGGCAAUUAUUUAUGCAGCCACAACCACACACUCUGGAGAACGUCUCCGCCGACCAAUGACCUUCCAAUCUGAGGGCGUACCCGUGGUCACAGCAGGGGGUACAGUGGCCGCUGACGCAGAACGGGUGCUCGGGGCUGUGUCACUGGCGUUUGCAGCAUUGGCUAUCUUGGCUGUUGCAGCUUUGGUGUUAGUACUACUAGCUAGGAGAAGCACCCUUUGGCCAUGCGGAGCGCAAAUAGAGGAAGACACUAGACGUUGCAGCCAUUCUGUGGUCAGCACCGACAAGUCAGUGUGCCCUGAACAGCAAAACAUACGCAACUGCCAGCACGAUUAUAAGCACGAGAAACUGUCACCCGCAUCUGGUAAGAGUAUUAAAAUAGUAAGGAUGUGCACAAGUUUGCGAAAGGCUUGUGAGCUGCAUACGUGCAUUAUGUAGUGUGAUCAGGGCCCUAAGUCUGCUAAUUUUAAAUCAUCUCAGUUG